AUGGACGCGCGACUUCGCCGAGUAAAUAAAGAAAUUGCUGAUUGUAAAAAUGACAAGGCUUCGAAAAUAUCUAUUGAACUAAUUGAUGACAACCCUUUUCACCUCUGUGGAUCCUUCCCCGGACCAGAAGAUACGCCUUACCAAGGCGGGACUUAUCAAGUGGAUAUUGUCAUACCUGAUUCUUACCCUUUCCAACCAGUAAAGAUGAAAUUCAUAACCAAGGUCUACCAUCCAAAUGUUUCAUCUGCUUCGGGCGCCAUCUGUUUGGAUAUCUUGAAGGACGCUUGGUCACCAGUUCUGACCCUCAAAUCCACCCUGAUAUCAUUACAAAGCCUCCUAUGUAGUCCUGAACCUGACGACCCUCAGGAUGCUGAAGUUGCAAAGCACUACUUAACCUCCCGGUCCUCGUUUAAUGAUACGGCAAAAUACUGGGCAGAGAUUUAUGCUGGAGCUCCGCCAUCACGCAACUCAGGCGAGAGCAAGACAGAGCAGCCCAGCGUUCCUCGCGAUGAAAUAGCUAUUGCAGGUCUUGAACGGGCACAUGUCGAACAGUUUUGUGCACUGGGGUUCGAUCGUAGUAAAGUGAUCGAUGUAUUACGUCGGUUGAAUUAUCGUGGUGCAAACGUAGCAAAAAUUCCGGAAGAUAGAAUCGUAGAAGAACUACUCAAGUAG